CCUGUUCUUUUCAGCAGUAAAAAGGAAGUGGGUGCAUGCUUGUUCUUGAGUAUCCUCAGUCUGCAUUCACAAAUGAAGAGGUGACAACAUGAAUGGCUCUAGCACAUUGCCAAGCGAAGGGACUGAGCUGGAGGUCUGGGUCACAGGAAUGGCGGUGACCUGUGUGAUCCUGGUGCUGUCCUUCCUGGUGGGGGCUCCAGGGAACCUUCUGGUGAUCUGGACAAUCCUGCGACACGUCAAGCAGCGCUCGCACACCCUGGUGCUCAUCCUCCACCUCGCUGUUGCCGACCUGCUGGUGCUGGUCACCCUGCCUUUGUGGAUCUACUCCUUAGCUCACUCCUGGGUCUUUGGGAAGGGCAUGUGCAAAGCGAUGGUCUACGUCAUAAACUCCUCCAUGUACGGCAGCGUGUUCAUCAUCACGGUCAUGAGCGUGGAGCGGUUCGUGGCCAUCCGGUACCCGUUCGCCUCUGUCAGCUGGAGGAAGAGGGACCUGCUGAGCAAGGUUCUGCUGGUCCUCUGGGCUCUGGCCUUCCUUUUCAGUGUUCCCAUAAUCCCCACACAAGCGUUAGGUGAGGUGGAGGGAAGAGAGCAGUGCCUGGUCAGGGAAUACACCUCCAAGAGCCAGGAGGUGGUCUGCUUGCUGCUGGAGACCCUGGUGGGUUUCGUCAUCCCCUUCUCCGUCCUCGUGGUCUGCUAUAGCUGCGUGUGCAGCCGGAUCGCCCAGAUGACCAUCAAGGCCAAGCAGAAGUCCACGCUCCUGAUCACCAGCGUGGUCGUCGUCUUCGGCCUCUGCUGGACGCCUCACCAUGUGGGGAAUGUGCUCUCGCUCGUCGCCAUCGCCAUCGGCGAGUGGCACCCCGGCGCUGCCAAGAGUCUGGAGGACGCCAGCGGCACCAUGGCAUUCAUUGCAGGCGCCAUGGCCUUCAUCAGCAGCACCGCGAACCCUCUCCUUUACAUGUUUGCCGCGCGCACCUUCCGAAGCUCCCUGCGUGACACCGGGAUGCGAAAACUGUUCCGCCACAUCUCCAGCUCAGCUACGGGUGAGAGGAGCAAGGAGUUGUCCUUUGUAUCAAAACGGCAAAGCUUGCAACAGGAGCCUGCUUUGUGCUGCACAGAUUCGAAAAUACAGGAUACAGAUGCAGUUGUGUUGAACUUAUAUGAACACGUUACCCCCUAAAGUUUUAUGUAAGGCAUUUGCCGUCUGUCAUUUGAAAGGUAUGUUGUUCUAGUUCUAGAUGCACCUUGAGUAUUUGUAUUGCAAAUUGUGUUAUAUUAUGUCAAAUUCAUUUAAUACUAAUUUAUGUGUUGAAUUUGAGAACUGGAUUAUGAAACCAAGUGUUGGUUUUCUGGACAUUUUAAGUAUGUACAAGGUUUUGACUCUCGAGAGAAUGUUCCUUUGCCUUUCAUAACUGUUGAUCAGAGAGGAAACUGAGGAAGCCUGCGUCUCGAGCUGCUUAUCCAAGAGAGUGGUUGCUUAACCAGGUUUAUUUUAGAUCCUGCUGACAUGGUGAGAUAGGGUUUCACACUGUGCUCUGGAUUGAUGAUGAUGACAAGGAAUUUUCCGUUUAAAAAUCACUUUUACAAUGAGGCUGAACACCUGCUGUACAACAGAAUCUUUGUUAUUAAUAUAACUGGUCUUAUAUUUGUUUUGUAUUUUCCAUAUUCAUGUAUAGGCUCUGUCUUUACAGUUAUUUUACAUGGUAUGACAGUAUAACAGUAUGAUGCAGUAUGAAUCUUCAGACAGAUUUAUUGUGAAAUUAAUAUUUCAGACAGCUUAGUCUGCCUCACAGUUAACAUGCCAUGCUACAAUUCCUUGGUUCACGGGUUUCACUUCCUUUUUUGGUGAAUUGCAACAUACGGGGGUUUCAAAAUGUGCUUAAAGCUUUUUAUUAACGAUACUGAAAAAUAGUAGUGCUGGGCUUUGUUUACCACAUUCUUAUAAUGUCAAAGGGCAGGUUUUGCUUGACUGGGAACUUCUGUCAAUACAAAUCCUUUUUUUUUUCAUUAAAGGUGCCAUUUCUGUAAAUGUUUUUUGGUUUAGUUCAAAACCUUUUCUAGCUCUGAUUGUUUCUCGUGUAUAAACUUCAUAAAUAUAGAAUCUGUAUCUAUUCUGUAUGACCAAAACAAUAAAAACUAUAUAUUAAUAUA